AUGGAAGUUCAAGUAACUACGGCGGCAGAUAUGCUGAUCCUCUCACAUCACAUUCUUCGAACAGGGCUAAGUGGAAAUGAUGACAUAUCCCCAUUUUGCCACGACGCGUUCUAUCGCUCUGCCAUCGUUUAUUCCCAAAUUUUACAAAAGUCAGACUCGGAGGACGCUAAAAACGCAAUUCAUGACAUUAAGCAGAGUCUAAGAGUCAAUAGUCAUCAUUGGAAGGCUGCAGCGACAUACCUCCAACUCCUUGAUGCCAGGGAUGUCACUAGUAUAUUUUGA